AUGUCUCAGUACAGCGUGGUGCUGCUGGUGGAGGUGAUGGAUGUGAGUGGUGAGGCCAUGAAACUGCUCCGCCAACACCUUAAUGAAUAUGGAGAUAACAGAAGUAAUCGGUACCUCAUGAAGCCCAGUGAAUCUCUGGGACCGGAGGGUCACAAGGAGAAGUUUGUCUACUUCUACAGAAAGAAAGAAGUGAAGAUAUUAGACUCCUACCAGUACGGAGACAUUGAUGAAGAAGAUGAAGAUGAUGACGAAGAUGAAGAUGACGAAGAUGAUGAAGAUGACGAAGAUGACGGAGAUGAUGAAGAUGACGAUGAUGACGAUGAUGAAGAUGUGAUCUCCAGACAGCCUUUCGUUGUCCGUCUCAAUUGUCGAAACACAGUUGCGCAGAAUCUGGUGUUGAUCCCGGUCCACACCGCACCAAAUAACGCAGAGGCGGAGCUGAACGCUCUUCAUGACGUGGUUGAAGAUGUGAAGGAAAAAUGGCCGAAUGAUAACAUUAUGAUUUUGGGAGACUUUAAUGCCGAUGGAGAUUAUCUCUCCAUGGAGCAGAAGAGAACGCUCUGUAUCUCCUCGGCCCAUUAUCAUUGGCUGAUAGACGAUAAUGUCAAAACCACGACUUGUAACAAUAAUGACUACACCUACGACAGGAUCGUGGUUUACGGAGAGAGGAUGCUGGAGGCCAUCGUCCCCAACUCAGCCAUCGCCUACAACUUCAAGAGAGAGUUGAACUUGACACAAGAAGAAGCUCUGAGUGUCAGUGAUCACUACCCUGUGGAGGUGGAGCUGGAGGAGAAGCAGGAGGUGGAGCCGGAGGUGGAGCAGAUGGAGGAGCAGAUGAGGAAGCUAAAGCUGAAGCAGAAAGCUCAGAGAAAAAGGAAUCCAGAGAAACCCUCGACUGGAGGAAGACCUCAGGGAGCCCAGAAGAAGAAGAUCGGGCCGGCAGCCACAAAGGGGAAAGGAGUGUAAACCAAGAGAAGAGGAACCGAUCUUCAAUAUGUUAUUAUCUUAAAGUAGUUUUAGUUAUUAGCUUUUAGUGAUGAGUGCUAUUUAAGUGCAGUGGCGUUUUUAUAUGUAAAAAAGUGGUGGGGCACGAACAACUUAGAUGUUUAUAUAUAAGCUUUUGGUGCUUUUUUAAAUACGUAAACAAAUAGCUGUAGGCUAUCCAUGGUCCCGAUAGAGAGGGGGGGGACCUUGAAUGAAGAACUAGGAGCAACACUGUCAGCACAUACAUUUACGUACUGUACACAGCGUGGGGUCAUAUUGCCAUGCACCUUAAUACAUGAAGUAAAGGGCACCAUCACAAAGCAAUACUUAACAAUAACAACAACCGUAAUGUUUCAGCAUUAAAACACCAUAGACUA